CCACAAUCCCCUAUGACGUUGCCAUAUGACGUCACCACGCCAACCCGCUGGCAGAAUCCAACAUGGACGAUACCAUGACUGUUGAAAAGAGCCCGGAGGAAAUGCCUGCGAUCUUGAACUCCCGACCACAGACCGGCCUGUCCUUCCUGGCACCAGAACCAGAGGACCUGGAGGACCUUUACAGCAGAUACAAGAAGCUGCAGCAGGAGCUGGAGUUCCUGGAGGUGCAAGAGGAGUACAUCAAGGAUGAGCAGAAGAACCUGAAGAAGGAGUUCCUCCACGCGCAGGAGGAGGUGAAGAGGAUACAGAGCAUCCCGCUCGUCAUCGGCCAAUUCCUGGAAGCCGUCGACCAGAACACGGCCAUUGUUGGCUCCACUACAGGGUCAAACUACUACGUGCGCAUCCUGAGUACCAUCGACCGGGAGUUGUUGAAACCCAACGCUUCGGUAGCACUGCACAAACACAGCAACGCCCUUGUAGACGUACUGCCCCCGGAAGCCGAUAGCAGCAUCAUGAUGCUCACCUCAGACCAGAAACCUGACGUGAUGUAUGCCGACAUAGGAGGCAUGGACAUCCAGAAGCAGGAAGUCAGGGAGGCGGUGGAGCUUCCACUCACACACUUUGAGCUUUAUAAGCAGAUUGGCAUUGACCCACCCAGAGGAGUCCUCAUGUACGGACCUCCCGGAUGCGGCAAGACCAUGUUGGCUAAAGCUGUGGCACACCAUACAACAGCGGCGUUCAUCCGCGUGGUAGGCUCUGAGUUUGUCCAGAAGUAUCUGGGUGAGGGCCCCCGCAUGGUGCGCGACGUCUUCCGGCUGGCGAAGGAGAACGCGCCCGCCAUCAUCUUCAUCGACGAGAUCGACGCCAUCGCCACCAAGCGAUUUGAUGCACAGACCGGAGCUGACCGAGAAGUGCAGAGAAUUUUACUGGAGCUGCUUAAUCAGAUGGACGGUUUUGACCAGAACGUCAACGUCAAGGUGAUCAUGGCCACCAACAGAGCAGAUACGCUGGACCCGGCCCUGCUGCGUCCUGGCCGCCUGGACCGGAAGAUCGAGUUCCCACUACCCGACCGCCGGCAAAAGCGUCUCAUCUUCUCCACCAUCACCAGCAAAAUGAACCUCUCAGAGGAGGUGGACCUCGAGGACUACGUGGCCCGACCAGACAAGAUCUCUGGAGCCGACAUCAACUCCAUCUGCCAGGAGGCCGGCAUGUUGGCUGUCCGCGAGAACCGCUACAUCGUCCUGGCCAAAGACUUUGAGAAGGCCUACAAGACGGUCAUCAAAAAGGAUGAGCAGGAGCACGAGUUCUAUAAGUAGAGAGGAUGGAAAAACCUUUGAGUCUGUAGCUACCAUGUGUCAUUUGCAUUUUUGAUCUAUCUCGAACUGAACAAAGUCACCACAGCAUAAGGCCUAAUAAUAAGAUUCAUGUGCCCAUGUAAGUGUGUUGCUUUUUUUUUUUUUUUGUACAGGCA